AUGAGGGGCUCUGGCAGCGCUGGACUGAGGGGCGGGAGCUCUGGCAGUGCCGGACAGGCGAGAGACUCCGGCUGCGCUGGAGAGGAGGAAGGCUCUGGCAGCACUGGACAGGUGAAAAACUCCAUCAGCGCUGAAGAAGAGGAAGGCUCUGGCAGCGCUGGACUGAGGAGCUCAGGCGCCUCUGGAAUGAGGGGCUCUGGCGCCUCUGGACUGAGGGGCUCUGGCGCCUCUGGACUGAGGGGCUCUGGCGCCUCUGGACUGAGGGGCGGAAACUCUGGAUACACCGAACAGGCGGUAGCACCUGUAUUGAUGGGACGGAGAAACAGCCUGGUGCGGGGAGCCGGCACUGGUGGUCCCGGGCCGGGGACACGCACCUCCGGGUGA